AUGACCACGACGGAGGUUCGACUCAAUCACACCAUCUACAUCAAUAACUUGAACGAGAAAAUUAAGAAAGAUGAGCUGAAGAAGUCUCUCUAUGCCAUCUUCUCGCAGUUUGGCCAGAUUUUGGACAUUUUGGUAGCCCGUACUUUAAAAAUGAAGGGUCAGGCCUUUGUCAUAUUUAAAGAGGUGAACAGUGCUUCCAAUGCUCUCAGAUCUAUGCAGGGGUUCCCUUUUUAUGACAAACCCAUGCGCAUCCAGUAUGCCAAUACAGAUUCAGACAUUAUUGCCAAAAUGAAAGGCACUUAUGUGGAGCGUGAUCGUAAGAAGGAGAAGAAAGAAAAGAAGAAGCCAGAGUCCAGCGGUAGCAAGAAAGCUGCCAUGUCAGGAGGCGCAGCUGUAAGACAUUUUUAUUCACAAUGUUUACUUGGUCAAAUGAACCAAGGGGGCCGCAUGAUGCAUAUGCAAGGCCAGUCACCCUAUAUGCCCCCACCAGGCAUGAUGCCGCCCCCUGGAAUGGGGCCUGGGCAGAUGCCCCCUGGUGGCAUGGGGCAUGGUCAGAUGAUGCCCGGACAGAUGCACCAGCAGGUUUCGGAAAAUCCUCCCAAUCACAUCUUGUUCCUCACCAACCUGCCUGAAGAGACCAAUGAGCUCAUGCUCUCCAUGCUGUUCAACCAAUUCCCAGGAUUCAAGGAAGUGCGUCUGGUGCCCGGCCGGCACGACAUCGCUUUCGUGGAGUUUGACACCGACGUACAGGCCGGUGCUGCGCGCGAAGCGCUGCAGGGCUUCAAGAUCACGCAGAGCAACGCUAUGAAGAUCUCCUUCGCCAAGAAAUAA